CGGCAGAGCGUCGCUGUCAGCUCGGUGGUGAAACUCGGAGCAGAAGCAGAGCAGCAGGCUGAUGUUCAGUUGGUAAAAGCUCCGGUAGUUUGAUACCAGCUUGCUGCGAGAUUACAGCGACCUGGAAUCCCACCGGAGUCCCGCCUUAGGCUGGAAUAUCCCGGAAUAUCCCGGUUUGUCCCGGAAUAUCCGGUUGAUCCCGCUGGCUGCUGGAAUGCCUCCGCAGCUCCUUCUCCUCUUCCUGGACUGACUUCCUUCCAUCAUGGCUGAGAUGAGAUGCAGAAAGUCUGCGGCUCUGGAGGGAGAAGCUGCAGAAGAGAGCAGGAGUGUGGCCGCAGAGGAAGAGGAGGAGAGGAGGGAGUCCAGAGGGGAUGAAGAUGGUCAGGAGGAGAGAGUCCAGCCAUCCACGCGGAAAUCUGCUGCAGCCAGCUGGCUGCAGUCUGUGCUCAGGAUGUUCUUCGGGGCGAUGGCAGCAGUGGCCUGCGGGAUGCUGUACGCCGGCUACCUGUCUGGGUUCCACGACAGGAAGUUCUGGUUUUCUAGCAGGCAGGAGCUGGAGCGGGAAGCGUCGUUCCCGGGUGGCAGCGGCCUCUACUACCACUACUACAAGCGGCUGCUGGCGGCGCCGUCCUUCAGCUCAGGGUUCUACGAGCUGACGGAGGAUAACGGCACCGUGUCAGGCCGGACCAUCAACGCCGUGGAGCGGCUGUUCCUCUACCCAGAACUCAUCACCAGCUUCCUCUACCGGGUCACAGGCAGCCAGAACCGGGUGGAGCCCGUCUCCUUCUACCUGGGCUCGGUGUUCGGCCUGCAGGCCGUCUGCGUCUCGGCACUGUUCGUGUGCAGCUGGGCCCUGAGCGGUACCUGCGUGGCUGGCAUGCUGGCCGUGUCCUGGUUCGUCAUUAACAGGCAGGACGCCAGCAGAGUGGAGCAGGGCGUUCCUCUGAGGGAGAACUGGGCCCUGCCGUUCUUCUCCUGGCAGGUGGCGGCGCUGACCGGCUUCCUGAGCCGCAGCACUGGUUCUGCUUCCGAGAUGUUCUGCUACCUGAUGCUGAGCGCCUGCAGCUUCAGCUUCCUGCUGCUGUGGGAACUUGGACACUACUUCCUGUUCGUCCAGGGUGUCUGCCUGGUUCUGCUGGACUCACUGGACCUGGUACCGCCGCGUAAGACGGCCGACGUCUACAGGGCGUACCUGGGCUCGCUGGUUCUGGUCUACCUGGCCCAGUUCCAGAACGCCUCCCUGCUCAGCUCUCCUCUGCUCAGCCUCCUGAUUGGCUCGGUGCUGGCCAGGUACUUCCAGAGGAAGAUGAAGAUGAGGAUGAAGGUGGGUCGUCUGGGCGCCAGAGUGAUGAAGCUGCUGCAGGUUCACCUGGUCUUCAGCUGCGUUUUCACCUGCAGCUUCCUGGUGAAGAAGCUCUUACCGGCCAGCGGCGCCGAUUUCACCCUGCAGCUCUUGGAGGCCAAGUUGGGUCUGAACUCGACGGCAGACUUCGUCACCAACUUCCUGCUGUGCCAGGAAGCGCUGCGGGCGCCGGGCCAGGACCUUUUCCUGCGACUGACCCAAACCUCGCUGCUGCCCUUCUAUGUCCUGGUUCUGACUGUCUGCCUGCUGUCCGCCCUGCAGGUCGCCUUCAGGAGGCUCAGCGGCCGGCCAAUCAGCAGCAGCCUGAGGCUGGAGGACGGGCGAAUCGCAGAGCAGCCUGCCGUCGCUUAUCACCUCCUCCACACCCUGCUGCUCGGCGUCCUGACGCUGCUGUUCGACGGGGUGAAGUAUUUGUGGACGCCGUCCGUCUGCAUGUUCACGGCGUUCGGCGUGUGUUCUCCUGACCUCUGGAUGACCUUGUUCAAGCGGCUCAGGCUGAAGUCCGUCCAUCCGGUCGUGUUGUCUCUGAUCCUGAGCACGGCGGUUCCGACCAUCAUCGGCUUCAGCUUGUGGAGGGAGUUCUACCCGCGGGUUCUGGCGGAGCUGGCCGACCUGCAGGAGUUCUACGACCCAGACCUGAUGGAGCUGAUCGCCUGGAUCAGGUCUCAGGCUCCAGCUGUGUUCGCCGGCAGCCCUGUUCUACUGGGAACCAUCAAACUGUGUUCUGGUUCCGUCGUCACCAGUUUACCCGUUUACUCUGACUUGGACCUGCUGAGGAGAACCGAAGACGUGAGUUCAGAUUAUUUUAUAAUCUAGAGCCAGAAAAUCUGG